ACUUCGACGACGAUGGGAUUCUGGACAGGAAGGACCUGGAGAAGCUGGUGAACUGCCUGACGGGGCAGGGCGAGGGGUCCCGGCUGAGCAACGCUGAGAUGGAGCAGCUCAUCCAAAACAUCCUGGAGGAGUCGGACAUCGACAAGGACGGCACCAUCAGCCUCUCCGAGUUCCAGCACGUGGUGUCCCGCUCCCCGGACUUCGCCAGCUCCUUCAAGAUCGUCCUGUGA